UCUAAAGUUUAGUUUGCCGCCAGAAUCCGAGAGAAUCGCAGAACGGAACGUCGAGCAGCAAAGAUCGUCGUACUUUACUCUUAACGCACUUAACUCUGAUCGAGGCAAAGAAAACCUACAAAAAAUCGUUUUUAAUAAUUUAUUACAUUUUGAAUAUUUGCCAUUUUUUGACCUGCCGGGAAAAAUGAGUCCCAAGCACAGAUUGUUCGUUAUAAAACGCGAUGGCCGAAAAGAGGCUAUUCACUAUGACAAAAUCACAUCCAGGAUUCAAAACUUGUGUGCUGGCCUUGACAUGGAAUGGGUUGAUCCGCCAGCAAUUACUCUGCGGGUCAUCAACGGCUUGUAUGCCGGCGUCACAACCGUCGAAUUGGACAAUCUUGCAGCUGAGACGGCAGCUACCAUGACAACUAAGCAUCCGGAUUACGCUAUUCUUGCUGCUAGGAUAGCUGUGUCCAAUCUCCAUAAGGAAACCAAAAAAUCUUUCAGUGAGGUAAUGGCAGACUUGUACAACGUGGAAGAGGUGAGAAAAGGCGAAAAGGUGAAAAAGCCAGUGAUCAGCGAAGAAUAUCACAAAAUCAUUCAGAAACAUGCAGAUCGAUUGAAUUCCGCAAUAGUUUAUAACCGGGAUUACAAUUACAACUACUUUGGCUUUAAAACUCUGGAACGAAGUUACUUACUGAAAAUAAAUGGAAAAAUUGUCGAAAGACCACAGCACAUGCUCAUGCGAGUGGCGGUUGGCAUUCACGCUGACGAUAUUGAUAAAGUCAUUGAGACUUACGACUUUUUGUCAGAAAGAUAUUUUACUCAUUCAUCACCGACACUCUUUGCCGCUUGCACGCAGAGACAACAAUUAUCCAGUUGUUUCCUGUUGACUAUGACUGAGGACAGCAUUGACGGAAUUUUUGACACUCUAAAACGAUGCGCUCUUAUUAGUAAAUUCGCUGGUGGUAUUGGCCUGAGUGUUCACAACAUCAGAGCAACAGGUACCGAAAUUAUGGGAACUGGUGGCAUUUCCAAUGGUUUGGUCCCAAUGAUCCGAGUUUUCAACAACACAGCUCGAUACGUCGAUCAGGGCGGCAAUAAAAGACCGGGCGCUUUCGCCAUUUAUGUCGAGCCAUGGCAUGCCGAUAUUUUCGAGUUCUUGGAACUGAAGAAAAAUACAGGCAAAGAAGAAUACAGAGCCCGGGAAUUGUUUUACGCUCUUUGGAUUCCGGACCUUUUCAUGAGGCGAGUCCUCGCUGACUCCCAUUGGAGUCUCAUGUGCCCGCAUGAAUGCCCUGGACUUCCGGAAAAUUGGGGCGAAGAGUUUGAAACGCUCUAUGAAGAAUACGAAAGAGAAGGAAGGUACAAACGUCAAAUUCCAGCACGUGAGUUGUGGACAGCAAUUUUGAUGUCGCAAGUCGAGACCGGAACGCCAUACAUGGUGUACAAAGAUCAUUGCAACAGAAAAUCGAACCAACAAAACCUUGGAACAAUAAAAAGCAGCAAUUUGUGUACUGAGGUCGUACAAUAUUCGAGUAGCGACGAAGUUGCAGUUUGCAAUCUUGCAUCGAUAGCAGUCAAUAUGUUCGUAAAUUCGUCGUCGAAGAGCUUUGACUUCAAAAAACUGAAAGAAGUGGCGAAAAUCGUAACCAGAAAUCUCAACAAAGUCAUCGAUAUAAAUUAUUAUCCGAUUCCUGAAGCGGAAAGAUCGAACCGGAGGCAUCGACCCAUCGGUAUCGGUAUUCAAGGCCUCGCUGAUGCUUUCCUUCUCAUGCGUUAUCCUUUCGAGAGCGAAGAAGCCCAAAAACUUAAUAUACAAAUUUUCGAAACGCUCUACUAUGGCGCGCUCGAAGCGAGCUGCGAACUCGCCGAGGAAUUCGGACCGUACGAAUCCUACGAAGGGAGCCCUGUCAGCAAAGGCAUUCUUCAAUAUGACAUGUGGAACGUGACACCAACUGAUCUCUGGGAUUGGGCAAAACUCAAAGAAAAAAUAGCAAAACACGGAGUAAGAAAUUCCUUGUUACUGGCUCCUAUGCCGACAGCCUCAACCGCCCAAAUACUGGGAAACAACGAGUCGAUCGAGCCGUAUACAAACAACGUAUAUACGAGACGAGUUUUGUCCGGUGAAUUCCAAGUCGUCAAUCCUCAUUUGCUCAAAGAUCUAACCGAUAGAGAUUUGUGGGACGAUGACAUGAAGAAUGAAAUUAUCGCGAACCGUGGCUCGAUCCAGGAUAUUGAUCGUAUUCCCGUCGAACUCAAACCUCUUUACAAAACCGUAUGGGAGAUAUCGCAAAAGACGAUUUUGAAAAUGGCUGCCGAUCGUGGAGCCUUCAUUGAUCAAUCACAAUCGUUGAACGUUCAUAUGGCUAAAGUGACCACAGAGAAACUCACGUCAAUGCAUUUCUACGGUUGGCAAAUAGGCUUGAAAACAGGAAUGUACUAUCUUCGAACAAGACCAGCGGCGAAUCCCUUGCAAUUCACAGUCGACAAAUCGAGACUGCCAAGCCCGAAGAAGGAAUCCAAAGAAAACAACGAUAAAAGUAACGGCGAAGACUUGGAUGCAUCGUUCAUUUGCGCACGCGAUAAUCGUGAGGCAUGCAUGGCUUGCAGCGCAUAAUUUUAAAGCGUACCGACGCAAUUAUCUCCUAGCGUAUGAUAACUCAAAGUUCAAAACUAAACUUCGACGAGUUUCUCGAUUUUUCAUUGUAAGUAGUCCAUACCGUCAUAAGCUUUUUUUAAAAAUGUGGCUUUAAUGUUUAAGUUUUUGACAACUAUUUUCUAUCACGGGGCCUCAAGGAACCCCGAAAAACGCAUUGUACAAUAAGUUCCAUAUAUAUAUAUAUAUUUAUGAUCAUUUAAA